CUGAUUUCAUAUAACCUGAAAACAUUGUGAAAAUAUUAAAGUUGAAAUCUUUAUGUCGUAUUGAAAAUGGAAUCUGUAUAUUUUCAAGAAACAGAUGACAUGGAGCUCAUUAAACUUGUUGAAUCUAAUUGUUGCGUGUACAAUAAAAGAACAUGGGAGUUUAAGACUGCGGAUAAAAGAGAAGUAUGGGCUCUAAUAGGUGCCGCCCUAACCAACAAAAAGACAGGUGAUCAAGCCCAAAGAAGGUGGGACAGCCUAAGGGCUAUGUGGUCACGCCAGCACAAAAAAUAUUACGAGCAGGGCGAUCAGGAUCGGGUGCAGCAAGUCAGGACACGCAGGAAUUCCAAUAUUAUGGUGAAUUGGCAUUCCUUAUCUCACAUUACAGUUCACGACAAACCAAAUCAAACAUGAAGCGAUCUGUGUCAUGUAUUUCCAAUGAUGAAUCGAGUGAAUCGCAAAUCAUAGAUA